AGUAGUGGUAGUGUAAUGGACUCAUCGUAUUUCCUGCUAUUUUUAUUAUCCACCACCUACGCGAAUUAUGGCUUUGACGAAUAUUAUAAUAUGAUCGUGGAUAACAUUACAUACUCGCAGCAAUAUGUAGUGCCACAAGAUAAUAGCGAAUUGGUCAAUGUGACCGAUUCUGUAAUAUAUGAUUAUGGAACAUACGACUUCAUAAUAGUUGGGGGAGGUUCGGCAGGGGCAGUUUUGGCGAGUCGCCUGUCGGAAAUAAACCAAUGGAACGUCUUGCUGUUAGAGGCUGGUGGAAAUGACAGCGAUUUCAGUAUUAUUCCGGCAAUGUGGAAUUAUUUAUGGAAUUCUGACAUGAACUGGGCCUUUUCCACCACUCCUCAGACUAGCCUGUGUCUAGGAUAUGGCACGGGGAAUCGUUGCCUGCAUCAUGCUGGAAAAGUAAUUGGCGGUUCCAGUUCCAUUAAUGCUCUGAUAUAUAAUAGAGGUAACGCUUUAAACUUCGAUCAAUGGGCGGAACUCGGCAAUCCGGGAUGGUCUUACGAAGAAGUACUGCCCUACUUUAAAAAAUCCGAAAACGCGGCGGCUGGAGUGGGGGAGGACGGUUUCCACGGAGUUGGAGGUCCAUUGUCCGUUGAUUACACGUCCGAGACACCUGAAUUGCUACCGGCGCUCUUUGAAGCGUUUGCUGAACUAGGAGUUCACAACAUUGACUACAACGGGAAACGACAGCUAGGCGUAGGUUCGACCCAGUUCACUAUAAAUUAUAAUAAAAGGGCCAGCACUGCCAGAGCAUUCCUAGAUCCCGUAUUGCGUAGGGCUAACCUAGCAGUCAGCCUGCGGAGUUUCGUAACAAAAAUCCUGAUCAACGACUUUUCCAAGAGCGCGUACGGCGUGGAGUUUGUUAAAGGUGGAAAGCGUUUUAUCAGUAAGGCAAGGAAAGAGGUGAUUCUAUCGGCUGGCGUGAUGAGUUCGCCGCAAAUUCUGAUGUUAUCUGGGAUCGGACCAAAGGAUCAUUUGAAUGAAUUGGGAAUUAAUGUCGUGAAAAGCUUGCCCGUCGGAAUAGGACUUCAGGAUCAAGUUAUGUACACCGUUUUAAAAUUCAAAACAAACAGGACAUAUUUUAACGUAUCCUUCAAGGAGCAAUUGCAACUUUACUUACAAAACAAACGACCGCUGACAGCAACAGGACUAACUGAUAUCCUGGCUUUCGUUAAUCCAGAAGAGACAACUCCUACUCUGCCAGAAAUCGAGAUCAUGAUGGGCGUAACAGCACCGACAUUGAAUGACAGUAUUUCACCAGAUCUAGAAGUUCUACACGACAUUAACGUUGUCGUAUGUCUACUAAACCCGAUCUCGCAAGGAACGUUGAGGUUGCAAUCGAACAGCCCCAUCGAUCGACCAUUGGUCGAUCCAAAUUAUUUAAACGAUCCAAAUGGACGAGACAUUUCCACUCUGUUGAAAGGGAUGAAAUACAUAUUUAAACUUAACGAAACCAAGACGUUUCAGGAGUACCGAGCUUGGGUUGAACACCCACCAGCCGAACCUUGCGAUGGACAAUUUGAGAGAUACUCCGACGAUUGGUGGUACUGCGCCAUCAAGAACUUCGGAUCUGCAACGUACCAUUCGAUGGGAACGACCCGUAUGGGAAAUUCUACAAAUUCUUCAGUGGUGGACUCUAGACUCAAAGUCCACGGCAUUAAAAGCCUGAGAGUUGUGGAUGCGGGAAUAAUGCCGGUUAUUGUAUCUGGGCACACGAACGCACCUACAAUAAUGAUCGCAGAAAAAACGGCCGAUUUGAUAAAACAAGAUUACGGGUUACCCACUUCAUGACCUGUCAUAGA